GGAGCAUGCGCAAUGCCGGAAAAAUUGCCAAAACAUCAAAAUCUCAAGUUUCCAUGGAACGAGUAAUUUUGCCAGUUCUUGUUGUCCGUCGUCAGUCUUUGACUUUGUUUUUGUACAGAAUUUCGUUAACUCUGGGGCAGAUGGCCCGGAAUUUUGGAGGCGUGGCCGCUUUGUGAGGUCGAGGCGGCGCCGUGAACUCGACUGAUCCCUGACAGAAAAGGGCGACGCCGGCCCCCUUCUUGUCAAAGACAUUUCUUUCACAAAAAGACGUCGAAAUUUUCGUUGCUGUUGGGAGUUGAAGUUUGCAGAUGGCGAGUAGUGUGAGUAGGAUGGAGGUAGAGCCGUCUCCUCAGGCGGAGCCGUGCUUGGAAGACGGCAACGGGGGAAGCCAACUCCGCCGCUCCAACAGUGCCCCGAUGAUCAACAAACAAAGUGACCACACACCAGUGUUUCAACCAGUGGUAACGCCGCGUGUCAGGCGGUUUAGCGCUAGCGUGGUCAACAAUGGAGGCAGCCCCAAUGCAGUGUCUCCUCCCAUAAGGAUUGGGCACAGAAUCUCACAACUGAAAAGAGAAGAGGGGAUGAGUGUUUCUGAUCGAGAAACGGAGCAUGAAAGAGAGAUGCACUCUGUCAUGCAAAUGAGCCAGUCCUGGGAGGAGACCAGUUUGAGGGACAAGUUCAUGCAGUCCUUCUCCGAGGAGAAAGGGGGCCUGAACAGUUCGUCGGACUCCAGUACCAAGACAGUGACUCCGCCCACCUCCCUCCCCAUGUCACCUUCCAGCCGAUUUGCUGAACCUCUCACCAUCCUGCCUGCAUCCCUGCCUCUGUCAUCGAGCCCCUCCCCCACCAGAAUUCCUAAUAAGCAAUGUUUUUCACCCUCUAUGCAAAUGUCAGUGAGAAACAGUAGCCUGAGCCCCAGUCCUAUCCCCAGCCCAACUCGCAAGGCGUUUGUCACGAGAAGGAGUCAGAGUCCUGGGUGUAUCCGGCCAAGCAUUCUGGGAGAAACUCUCAAGAGAAAACUAUGUUCCGGAGACCACAAGCUGGACUUCAGUAGUCCCCCUAAGAGAGCCUGUCAUUCAGACAACAGUGCACCAGUCAGUCCUGCUGCAUCAACACCUCUUCUGCACAGUCUGUCUUCAAGCAGUUUGGAGGAAGAUGCCAGCCCACCGCAGUUCAUCAGCAGGAUGCCAGGGGGCAUCAUUCACACCACUGCAUCAACCCCCAUGCACACCCUUCCAUCUCCCAUGUACUCCCACACCUCCACCCUUAUGACUACUCUCCCAGCCCCCAUCUGCACCCUCCCUACCCCCAUGUCCACCAUCCCCAACUCCAAAACCACUCUGGCCACCCCUACAUCCAGUAAAGCUGGCCCCAUGUCUACUGCUGUACACUCUUCACCACCGUCCUCUUUGUCUUCUCCAGUUCCCACUCUUUCCUCCCCUCUAUCCCAGUCUUCCCCUGUCUUCACUGCAGCUGCGUCCGUCUUCACCCCUAUCAGCUCAGUAAACGGUCGGAAAUUAUAACAAAUGUCUAACACAGAUUCCAUAAUUUAUUACCACAUGCUACAUGUAAUGUACAUAGGCGAAUUGUACAGUAUUAAGGUCUGUGACUAAUAAUAUAUUGUAGAGAUGUAUCUAGAAUUUUGUAAAGAAUGCCAGAUUUGUGCACUGUAAGAAGACAUAUUAUUGGGUGAUGAUAUUGGUUUUCUCAAAUUUUACUACCCCAUAGGUAGGUACAUGUGCUGUAGAUAUAUCAUAUUUGCCUGAAAGUUUGUGAAUCAACAGUAUAAUAUGUUGACUGUGUACAUAUUGCCACAAGGUAUCGGUAGCAUUUGGUGUCAAAUUAUCUAAUCAAAUGAUGCUGUUUACUUGUUUUAUUUUCAUAUAAUUUGAUGUCAUCAGCAUCAACAGUUGUCAAGUGUUUCUUGGAAGAUAACGGGUUCUUUUGCUUAAAGCUGUCAGUUGUCUUGCUGUCAUCAUUAACCAAUGAAUGUUAUCAAAACGGUAUGUUUUUAGUUUUUGACAGCCUAAAAUCCACCAUUCUUGAAGAUUUUCUAUCCAAAAUGCUGUCUAAAUAGAAGGUGCAGCCAAGCAAUAUUGUAGCUGUUUGGAACUGGUUUCUACUUCAUUUAAAAAAUGAAAGGUUAAAAAAGGCUCCUUCAUUGAACAAUUGCCAAAUGCACUCAAUACAUGUUGUAGGUUAUACUUUUGCCAACACCUCUAUUGUGAAUGAUCCGUCGCACACCAAUUUCCUUUUUGAUGCUCUAAACAUAUGCCUUAGCAAAACAUCAGCGAAAGUAUUUGAUAGUACAUGAUUGUAUGAUACCUUGACAAUGUUGAAAUGUCAGUACUAGUACAUUGUAUACUGGUAUGUAACACUCAAAACUGGAACACAACAAUUUAACUCACUUCAUGCUGGGGAUGUAUUGAUGUUGUAUUAGUGACAAUAAUACCCAGCUAGAUGAGGGUUAUGCCUUAUGGUGUAUAACAGUUGGAAGGCUGUUUGAAAUAUUAUGGUCAUCUAUAGCAGUUCGUUGUGAUUUGGAUACAGAUGUAAUCUCCAAGCAGAUCCUACGGUGCCAUAAGAUAGUAUCAAAGCUUGCCAGGGAGUAUAGUCGGCUAAGGGAGUCAAAUGGGCACCGGGAAGUUUGAUACUAUACAUUACGCACUGUGGAUCUGGUUGGAGAUUAUAUAGCUGUGAAAAGUGGCAAAUUUUGGAGCUCUGGUCAGUUUCAGUGUGAAAAUCCAAUUGGAAUUUGAACAUAUUAGUCAAAUGUAUCCUCUAUACAUUCAAAACUGCCAAAGAAGACGACUUUGGGACUGAUAAAUCUUGUCAAUGUGGACAGGUGCCUACUAGAAUUAUGUCACUUGUACCUGUUGACCUUAUUGUAUCUUGUCGUGAAGGGUACAGAGAAGUUUACAAGUCAACUAAAUACAUGUAGCAUGCUUCCCUUAGUGUCAUACGUGUAGUAUCGUUUUACUGGAAGAGUUAUUGCUGUCAUAUUUGAUAGAUUUAGUGAAAUCUCAGUGUCGUCACAAAUCUAAACUGACCAGUGUUCCUUGCAAUUUGUUAUACUGGACCUACAUUACUAGCAAAACCACAGUCUCAUAUGGUGACUAUUUUGAUGCCUUAAUUCGAACAAAGCUAUUCUAUUGCAGCUUUCAUUUUAAUGGUUUUGAAUUUGUAACUAUUCUGUUACAUGCCAAUUUCGUUACAUGCAAAAUCAUGGUUAUUACUAAUUAAUGUACUACUACUACUACUACAAAUGUUUUUUUUUACCAGCAUUUGUCAUUCAGAAAAUGCACAGCUCAGAAUACAUACCAAAUCUCUGUACAUAGCCUUUAAUCAGAUUUGUAAGUAUAUCAUAUCUAUACAUAAGUACAUAUUAUCACUGACACCAAAACAUUUCACAGUAUUCCAGGGUUGGACAAGUUUUCUAAAAUUCGCUUGUUCUAUCUGGUAAGUACAAAAGAAAUUUACUUCCCGAAACACAUUUUUAUUUUUGGCUCUGUUUUUCUGUGUUGAUCAAUGCUUGAUGCCAUGACUGUGAAAAGUAACAAUCAAAGUCUCGCACAUUGAAAAAAUCUUACUUACCCAAUCGGGCAAGUGGGGUAGGACAUGAGCUUGCCCGAUGGACUAUUUCAGUUGUCCAGGACAAGAGGCACUUGUCCAACUCUAUAUUCUGAGUAUUGAAUUACCAAAAUGUUAUUUAUGUCUGUUUCUUAUGCUUUUUAAUGAUA